AGUUACUGUACUGACCUGGGGGCUGGGAAAACCCUGUGUUUCCUGUUCAGGCAAGAACAAAUUGCCACAUUUCCUGUGUGAGCACUCCCGUCCCCCAACCUGUGGAGCAUGCCUCUCUUUCACGAGAUGCCUGGGCAGAGUCCAGGAUCCGUGCCCAGACAUCCAGGGCAGCUGGGAUGAACUCCAGCAUGGAGCCUAAGGACCUGAGCUCUGCUCUCCUGACAUCUGACACCAGCUGCCCUGGGCCUUCGGGACCAGGAAGGGAGCAGCCUGAAUGUCACCGCCCUAGGGGGAGUGGCGGCCGGCCCCUGGGUCAGGGGAGAAGGAAGGACUGGACCUUCUCGCUCCUGGCUGCCUCGCUCGUGGGCGCCUUCGGCUCCUCCUUCCUGUACGGGUACAACCUGUCCGUGGUGAACGCCCCAACCCGGUACAUCAAGGCCUUUUACAAUGAAUCAUGGCAAAGAAGGCAUGGACAUCCAAUAGACCCGGAUACUCUGACUCUGCUCUGGUCUGUGACUGUGUCCAUAUUCGCCAUCGGUGGACUGGUGGGGACAUUAAUGGUGAAGAUGAUUGGAAAGAUUCUCGGCAGGAAGCACACGCUGCUGGUCAACAACGGCUUUGCGAUUUCCGCUGCGUUGCUGAUGGCCUGUUCUUUCCAGGCAGGUGCCUUUGAGAUGCUCAUCGUGGGGCGCUUCGUUAUGGGCGUGGAUGGAGGCAUUGCCCUCAGUGUGCUCCCCAUGUACCUCAAGGAGAUCUCGCCCAAGGAGAUCCGCGGCUCCCUGGGGCAGGUGACUGCCAUCUUCAUCUGUGUGGGCGUGUUCACAGGGCAGCUGCUGGGCCUGCCUGAGCUGCUGGGAAAGGAGAGCACCUGGCCGUACCUGUUUGGGGUGAUCGUGGUGCCCGCCUUCGUCCAGCUGGUGAGCCUGCCCUUUCUCCCCGAGAGCCCACACUACCUGCUCUUUGAGAAGCAAAAUGAAGCGGGAGCCGUGAAAGCCUUCCAGAAGUUCCUGGGCAAAGCGGAUGUCUCCCAAGUGAUGGAAGAGAUCCUGGCUGAGAACCGUGUGCAGAGGAACAUCCGCCUGGUGCCUGUCCUGGAGCUGCUGAGGGCUCCCUUUGUCCGCUGCCAGGUCAUCACCGUGGUUGUCAUCAUGGCCUGCUACCAGCUCUGCGGCCUCAAUGCGAUAUGGUUCUACACCAACAGCAUCUUCGGGAAGGCCGGGAUCGCUCCGGGAAGCAUCCCCUACGUCACGCUGAGCACGGGCGGCGUCGAGACGCUGGCCGCCGUCUUCUCCGGCCUGGUUAUUGAGCGCCUGGGACGGAGACCCCUGCUCAUUGGUGGCUUCGUGCUGAUGACCAUCUUCUUUGGAAUUCUCACCAUCACCCUGACCCUGCAGGACCGCGCCCCCUGGGUCCCCUACCUCAGCAUCGUGUGUAUCCUGGCCAUCAUCGCCUCCUUCUGCAGCGGCCCAGGUGGCAUCCCCUUCAUCCUGACUGGAGAGUUCUUCCAGCAGUCACAGCGGCCCGCUGCCUUCAUCAUCGCGGGCACCGUCAACUGGCUCUCUAACUUCGCCCUGGGGCUCCUCUUCCCGUUCAUCCAGAAAAGUCUGGACACCUACUGUUUCCUCGUCUUUGCCGCAGUAUGUAUCGCAGGUGCUGUCUACCUCUAUUUUGUCCUGCCUGAGACCAAAAACAGAACCCACGCAGAAAUCAGCCAGGCGUUUGCCAAGAGGAACAAAGUAUACCCCCCAGAGAAGAAGGCUGACUCAGCCACCACCGAUGAGACAGUGAACGGAAAGCCGGAACCAGAUUCCUCCUCCACAUUGGACAGCUAUAUCAAAAACAGGGUUGUCUAAAAUGACGGUUGCACCAUUUCAGAGAUCCAAAGACUUCCCCAUGCUCAGAAGGCAUAAACUAACUCAAGCCGAGCAAAUCUUGCACUGUUAAGUUUCAUAAUGAGCUGGUGCUCACCUAACUUCACAACCAGAUGUCAUUCCUGCCCCCUGCACUCUUUGGGAAGCUGGAAAGAAUCACCUUAUGUCUCAGUGACCCAAUAUUCUUCUGUAGAAAUCGAUGGCCUGCCUUCUAUGUGACAACCCACAGUUUCAGAAUGUAAUCGAAUGACUACUAUUGGAAUCCUUCUCAAAGCACACAUUGUGGUCUGACAGAGGGCUCAAUAGACUGGAAAUCAUGGGCUCAGGUUCCAGUCCCAGGUUUUCUGCCAGUAGCCUUAGUCUCUAACUGGAUCCUGGAGUGUCGGUGACCCUAGGCUUUGGUCCUAGAUGUAGGCUGUCAGAAUUCAGUGGGAAGAGACUCUGCACCUCCUAAUAAAUGUCUUUGCCAAUCUUUGGCUCUGCCUUGUGGAUCCUGGGCUUAAGAGAGCCAUUCCCCACCACCAUCUUGCUGGUUCUGCUUUCCCAGGCUGUAUCCAAAGGGAUCAGAGCUGCCAGGUCUGAGGUUGUCUUUGCCUCGGAUUGUUACAGAGGACAUAAAGAAGAUCAAUGAGUAUGAGAUCUAGCAAAGCAGCUAUAAGAAAGAACUUGCUAGUAGCUUGGGUAGACAUUACAAGUUAAACUCCAUACAACUGAAACACAGUGUUGAGAAUAAGCCUAGGCUUGAUGGGAAGGAGCUCUGUGAUCGAUUGGUGAUGUCUGCCUCUGGCGAAGGUGGUGAGGGUGUCCACUCAGGCACUCAUGUUUGCCACGUCGAGCAGAGGUUUAUCUGAAGAUGUAAUAAGCAGCCUUAGAAGGUGGUGAGCUCACCAUCACUCAGAGUUCUCAAGCCAGGCCGAGUGGUGACUCAUCUAAGUGCCAGUUGUAGAGGAAGAUGUUUGGAGUGCAUCUGUCCAAGGGCUCUUCCAACCCUUAUGUGCCAGGGUUGUUACAUUGGAGGUUACCAUAGUCACACACAGCUUGUGGUUUGGUAGAUCCCCUCCACUGCCUCCACAUCUACGCUACUGCAAUUGACAACUUUCCCCCGUGAAUGAUAGCACACUUGGAUCAGCACCAUCGUGUUUGGAUUUAGUAUAUAGCACAAAAGAGGUGGAGCCAGAGAGGAGAGCCUCUAUUCCUAGCAACACCUUGGGACCCUUCUGUGUCCACUGAUCAUUCUUGGCCAAGCUAGCCUUGGCCAAACAUGAGCUCUGAUUUUCCUUCCCCACUGAAUGCUUUCACCUGGAACUCUCCUUUCACUAAUUGUCAACUGAACGCAAUAUGCCAUCCAGCUGUGGUUUGGCUGGAUAAUUUGAACAGUGUUUGUCAAUAUGAAGAGAAAGUGAUAUAUGAGCCCCAAACAUGUCUGAGACCAAAAGAAAAGCCAAAUGAAGUACAAAAUAGAAAUCUUAACUUUAAGGUGUUUUCAUUCACUUGGAGACUUGAGCAUUUUGUGAAUACAUACUAAGACACUAGCUAGGCACUGAAGAUGUCAGUAAGCAAAGAAAUCUGCUUUCACCUGCUCAAGCCGGUGUCUACAACAGAAGAUGGAGAUUCAAAGUACUGUUGGUAGGAACAUGUGACAGGACCAGUUGAGAUGACAGGGGAUAAACAGGAAAGCCUUCCCAAAUAAGCAACAGAAGUAGAACGGGGAACAAUGUGACUAUCAGGCAAUAGGCCAGGAAUUAUUCUUACACAUUAUUACAUUUGAAAAGAUAGUAGAGCCACAUUAAGGAAAUUUGUUGAAAAAUGAAACAAUAAAACACCCACAUCUCAUAGGCUUCAUUUUCCCUAACACUAUCUUUUUUCUACAACUCUGAACACUUCUUGCUGUUGUUUACCCACUUGCAAUCACAGAAUACAUAAAACACAAUUACAAUCAUCUUUCUCUUAUCUUCUUUUUCCCGAUAUUAAAUCAAAUAUAUCAUCUCCAUUCUAAAACCUUUUCCAUACUCUGGUAUCCAUUGCAGGAGAUUCUUCAUAUAUAAAGCAGUUUUCCAGACCCUGAGAGGCCAUGAGAAGCAUCAAAUUAGAGAGACAGACAUCUCCUUGAACUUUGCUACACAGGCCCUGGGCUUAUGCUGAAAGGUUCUAACCAUUCGCAGCAUCCUGUGUCCAUGCAUGGACCCUAAAGCAACCUCUAGUCAAAUCAACAGGCCUCUGUCUUAGUCACUGUCCCAUGGCUGGGGCAAAAUACCCAAUACAGUUUAAAGGAGGAGGGGUUUAUUUGGCUCACAGUUUCCAGUUCAGAGGUUCCAGUUCAAAGUCAACUGGCUCCAAGUCAGAAAAAGCAUGGAGAAAGGGCCCAGCAGAGAAUAGCUGCUCAGCCCAUGGCAGCCAGGAAGCAAAGAGAAAAAGGAGGAGUCAGGGACCAGAAAAAUGGGCUGUGGAGAAUGUAAAGGAAAUCACAGCAGGAGAGAGCUGAAGAAAGAGUGACCCUAAAUCUAUGUAUGCAAUCCCAAGACUACCCCCAAGAUUCACACAUAGGGUGUGAUGUAAAAUAUGGUGACAUUUAAAUUUUUUGAAAAUGUAUUACAGUCAUUAAUCCCUCUCAAAAUCCUCCCCUCACUUCCAACACACUUAUCCCAUUAUUCUUGCCACUUUCUGAAACUGUUCCAGAGUUCUCUUUCCUGCAUGUCUUUUCAUGGCUGCCUUGGGGUCUUGAAUUGAUUCCAAAUAUUUAUGGCAAUCUCUGUCAAAUAAACACAUGACCCUGUGUCCUCAUCUUCCUUAUUCACUGGACCUGGCACCAUGUGACUUCUGGCUCUUUCCCAAAGUCAAAAUGACCAUGAAAGGGAAACAAUUUGAAUCAAUUCAAGACCCUGAGACAGCCAUGGCAGUGCAACGGUAGACACUCAGGAAAGAGGACUUCCAGAACUGCUGCAGAAAGUGGUGAGAACAAUGGGACAAAUGUGCUCAAAAGUGAAGGAAAGUAUUUUGAGGGGGAUUAAUGCCAAUAUAUCUUUUACUGUAAUAAAAAUUUGUAUUUAAAAAUUGACCAUAUUUUUAUCACAUUUCAUGCAUGGAUUUGUAUGGAACUUGCAACUUUUAACACCCCAGUAUGUUUCUUACUAUUUCCUAGGUCCCAUGGCAUUGUCUGUCACCUUUUACUGUGCAUGAGAAUCACCUAGGAGGUGGCAAUGAUCCCCACCGUCCUGGCUGGAAGUUCAGAUGCAGUGGUCUUCCAGGGGUCUGCAGUGGCCUGGGCCCUGCACUUUUAUCAACAUCUCGGUGAGGCCACCACCCUUGGAGCCUGUAGAACACAUUGAGGCUCCUGAAUGACACACCUGUAAAACUGGGUGUUCUUUUGCAGUAUGAUUUUGGACCAUUUAAAAAUGUAUUCUGCCAGGUGUGGUGGUGUACACUCAUAAUCCCAGCACUCUGGGAGACUGAGACUGGAGAAUCUCAAAUUUGAGCCCAAUCUGGGCAAAUUAGUGACUUAGAAAGACUUUUCUCAAAAUUAAAAAAAUAAAAAUGGGCUGGGAAUGCAAUUUAGUGCAAUUUAGGGUUCAAUGCCAAGUAUUGCAAUCAAUCAUUAUGUGUAUUACUUUUUUAAAUUUUGAAAUAUAAUUGCACUUACAGAAAGACAUAAGACACAAAUCAUCCAAAUUUCCCAAUUUUUAAAAUUUAUUUUUCCAAUUCUUAUUGAAGAAUAAUUGACAAAAAUUGCAUGCAUCUCGGGAACGUGACCAUGUUGGUCACCACAAUCAAGCAAAUUAGCAUACCCAUGACCACUUCCUUUUCUUUUUUUGUGUGAGAACACUUAGGAUCUUCCCUUUUUGAAAAUGUCAGGCAUACAACACAACAUUGUUAAUUGAAGACCCCAUCCCUUACAGUAGAGCUCCAGAACUUAUUCAUCUUGGAUAACUGAAAUGUUGGUUGGCCAACAUCAUCUCCUUUUCCCCUCCCUACCCUCAGCCUCUGGUGACCACCAUCCUCCUCUCUACUGAGCUGCUGAGUUUGUGGGCAAUUUCUUAGAGAAACUAAGAUGCGUAUGCUUAGAGCUUUUCUCCACAGUGGGUAAUGAGUAAGCAGGGCACAAGAGGCUUCAUUGUGACCAAGAGAUCUUAAAAAGUCUUCUUAUUUUUACCUUUCCUUUGGGCAUACAUAUUAUUUGACUCAUUUUACAUGACUCAAACACUGCCCCAACCCAAAUUAGCCAUUAAUUAAUUUCCACAUCUUGGCUGCCUCUCUUCACAGACAGCUUGAAGAGCUCUUCUCUACCUCUUCUCCCAGAAUCCCCAUUUAACAUCAUUAAACCCUACACCUGUAGUCUCUUUCUAGCAUGUAGUAGGCUCCACAAAAAUUCAUCUUAUUAGAGAAACAAACAGAAGAAUGUUGAUGUAGCAACAAGUGCAUCAUCCCCCCACCUUGGAUGCAAAGUUGUAGGUGCAGGUCAGUGAGCUGUAAGCACCUGGGAUCUGGGCUUCAUGGACCAGAGCUGCUGUCACAGCCUGGAGCUUCUCACAUCUGACCUCUGCCUCUGACUGCCAAUACUUCUCUUUUGUUUAAGCUGCUUUACCUGUAGACUUUCUUGCUCAUGACUAAACCUAAACACAAUUGAUACAGGUCGUGACAGGAAACAGCCCAAGGCAAAUGAGAAUACAUGAAGCAAAUCCAAUUCUCUAGACACUCAGCAAGUUAAUUCUCCAUGCCCAGCUGCCUCCAGAAGAUAAGGAUGAAAAUGCCUGGAUUCUCACUAGUUGUUGGAUCUGUCCGUGGUACUGACCUCGGCUUUCGACUUAACAGUGCUGAUUUCUCUUCAAGUCUAUAAAAAUACUUUGUAUUAUUGCCUCUGAUGCUGAAGAUAGCAUGUGAAGUGAUUAUUUUGGGUUCAUCUUACAUGAUCAAACCCUGUUCUUCAAGUUCCAAGGACAGCCAUGUUUAAUGCUCCUCCUGUUACUACACUACAGGACCUCCCUGUCCUUGAAGGAUGGCUCUGCUCUGUUUUGCUACCUGGCCGUGCCACAUGUAUGCAUUUGAUGGCAACCUGAUUAUGAGUUUCCCUGUGAUGGACAGUGACAUUAAUGGCCUUGGUGAAUCAGACCUUCAGAUACACCUGCCCACAUAUUAUGCGCUUCAGUGUUGCUUCUAGACUUCGCUGUGCAAAUAUCUUUGCCCACUGAGACAUCAGAAAAGGAGAUACAAACAGAAGAGCAUAAUUAGUACACUCUAGAGCUUUGUCUCUUAGGGUAUGAGUACCACAAUGUGUGUAUGCUCACUCUAUCCUCAUUGGGGAUGGAAGACCACAUAAAACAGGGCUCAGCUGUCCCCACUGUCCCAAGGGAACACGGGUCCAAGUCACCUUCCCAGCUGAAGGCAGGUGCACAAGUGAUUCCAGGGGCAAAUAACAGAAGAACUACCCAACUGAUUCGCAGGAUGCCACAAAAUAGUAAAUCACUGUCGCUUUAAGCUUCUAGCUCAUGGUAUAGUUUGUUAAAUAGCAAUAGUGGCUAAGAGAGACCCAUUAUUUCUGAUUACAUUUUUCUCAUGUGAGUUCUUUAGCACUGCUUAGAACCCAGAACCCCAAACAACAGUCAAAUUAACAUUCUCUGAAUUCAUGGCUCAUUCACUCACCUCCCAAACACUAGCUGAGCAUGUACUAUAUGUCUUUGCUAGGUAAUGGAGAUGCAAAUGUAGGGACAAAUCUCUGCUUUCAAGUAGAAAAAAAUGGUAGGGAUGACAAACCACUGAUAGCCAGCAUAUGCCUAGUGUUGUCUCUGCAGAGAUGUCUUUCUACUCCUUUCCUCUUGGAAAACUCCUAUGAACUCUUCAUGUUGAUAGGGAAAAAUUUUAAAGUAAGGUUAGCAGAUUUGCUAUUGAAGUAGUUGUGGAAGCAAAAUAGGUAGUGUACCCUUUUAAAAGCUUCCCUUAGCCCAUUGUUUUUGUUGUUUAAAGUGAAGGUUAUAUAGCUCCUUUGAUCUGUAGCUCCACUAUAGAUAACAUCCUAGCUCUGAAGAACAAAGUGGGAAUCCUUGAACAAACUUGUGAUGUAUGUGCUUUAAAUGUCAAGUGUUCAGGACUGUAAUCAGUGACAGAAACCACCUGUGUCUAACCAUUAAACAGGAAUUGGAACUUUAUUUACAUAACAAAGACCACUAGGGGUGAGAUAAUGACUGACAAAAGUAUAAAAAGUGAUGGACAAAGAACACAGGGUACAGACUCUGACCAGACCAGUUUCUGGCAGUCCUGCCUGCUUGCAAGUAAAUUUGUUUUUUUACCCAA